GCUCCAUCCCUCCGCCACUAUGUCUGUGACCGAGCCGCUCCAUCCCUCCGCCACUAUGUCUGUGACCGAGGCGCACGAGUGCAUCGUGUGCUGCUGCGAGUACUCGCGCAGCUGCCGGAUCCCAAGGGUCCUUCACUGCAACCACACCUUCUGCGCCCCGUGCCUGGAGAAAAUGUCCAAGCUGGAUGGGGUCAUCCGGAUGGUGUCUUGCCCGCUGUGUCGCUGGAUCACCUGCACCCGAGCCAGCCUGACCCUGCCCGGAGCCCUCUGGGUCAACACGGAAAUCUGGGAUGUGAUCGCAGAGGAGACGAUGGAGAAGGAGCACGAUUUGGAUUUAAAGCCGACGAAGACCCCGCGCAUCAGGUCUGAUUCUAGACACGCUGGCUUCACGUCCUCACUUCAAAAGAUCUUCAGCUGCGUCCUGGUGCACUGACGAGGCGCGAGCGCCUUCUGACAGCUUAACCGCACACGUAUGGGCAGCAGCGUCUCCAUUCCUCGGCAUGUUGAACUCCGACGCGGACAUGUUCGGCUUAUAUUUACCGUGAAUAAAAGGUUUGAGUAACAAUGAUUAGAAGUAACAAAGAAAGUUCUUCAUUGACAUUUUGAAAUGGCCGAUAAAUGAACAGGUGAUCAACCUUAAUGAUUUAACCUUAAUGACUGCUAAUCACUGAUACCCCAAAAUAUAUAAAAAAUAAAUUUAGCCUUGUUUUUAUUAAACAAAUAUUUUUUUUUAUUUUUAAAGAAAUUGAAAAUGUCCAAAAACCAGAAGUUGUAUUUUUUGGUGGUUAUAUUGUAGAUUAUAUGUACAAGACAUAGACAUUUUUAUGUAUAUAUAUUUUGGUAUUUGUAAACAUGUUGUAUAUAUGCAUGUUGUAUGUAUAUGUUUUACAAAACCAGAAAGAUGGACAGAUACCUGUCGCUGCUGGGAGGGAAGAACCCUGUAAUGUGAAUUUGAAUCAAAAGUGAAUCAAAAAAGGACUGGAAUAUCAUCACAUCCGUCUUCAUCAGUGCUUAUGGGUCCCGCAAAGGCAAUUGUGAGGAGUUCGUUCUGAUUAGAAGACAAUUAUUUAUGUAUUAUUAUGUAUUGUUCACUUUUUUUGUCACGUUGCCGCCAUGUUUUUGGCGCAUUUGGAAUAAAAACUGAUGUGGAUCGUUUCAAAUAUGAGUGACAUGAAGGAUUGUUAUCCUCAAAGUUACUUUUCUUU